AUGGUAGCUUCAACAUCACUGGACGUUGUUCCUGAAGAUCCCACUGCAUACAAAAAGAAAGACUAUUGGGAUAAAAGAUAUCAGCAAGAAAGCUCUGAUACAACUUUUGACUGGUUCAAAACCUAUGCAGAGUUAAAGCCUUUGUUGAAUGAAGCGAUCCCAAAUAAAGAUGUUAAAAUUCUUAUCCUAGGCUGUGGUAAUUCUACUCUAGGCGAAGAUAUGUAUGAUGAUGGAUAUAAAAACAUAGUGAAUAUAGAUUACUCAGCAACCGUUAUUGAGCAAAUGAAGAAGCGUUGUGCUAAUCGACCUGAAAUGAGUUGGUUAGAAAUGGAUAUCCGUGAUUUGAAAUUUGAUAAUGAGUCGAUGGAUAUAGUGAUUGAUAAAGGUAGUACAAUGGACGCUUUGAUGUGUGAUCGUGGAGAUGUUUGGGAUCCUUCAGAAGAGCUGAUAAAUGAUGUGAAAGGCGAAGUUGACGAAGUAGAAAGAGUGCUGAAACCAGGCGGUACAUUUUUGUAUAUCACAUUUGGACAGCCUCAUUUCCGUAAACGACAUUUACAGAGAGACUGUUGGACUAUCAAUAUAAAAACGUUGGGUGAUGCAUUUCAUUAUUUCUUUUAUUCAAUGGUUAAAACUGUAUAA